GUUUCGAUAGAGAAUUUGAUUAGUUAUCAUCGCUGAACAGCCCCCGGGACUGGUGCCUACAGGAACAAUCGCUGUGCCAAAAAGUCCAUUUCGACACGCCUCUACCUCAACCUAUCCAUUGCGCCAGAACCGCCAUCAGCUUAUGCUUCUAUCACUGGAAACGGAUCAGAGUAAUUUUUAAUGGGCCACUGUUGAUCUACUUAAAAGGUUUGGUGAUUGUGGCUAUCCAAGAUGUCAGGCUAUCCAGCAGGGCAUUACGAUGAAGGCUACGGCCAACAGGAGCAUGGCGAUUCGUACUACCAGGACGAACACGGCCAGGCUUAUUACGAUCAUAAUGACUACGGUGAUAGCUAUUACGAUAGAGGUGACAACAACUAUUACAAUGCAGAAGGGGGCCAGGCAUACAACCAAGAAGGUGGCUACUACGAUGCCGGCCACCAGGAUGAGUACUAUGGUGACCAGUACUAUGAUCAAGGAAAUGGCGGAAACCGGGGAAGACGCCAAGGUGAUUCAGAGGAGGAUUCGGAGACUUUUAGUGAUUUCACCAUGAGGUCGGAAACUGCGCGAGCCGCUGAUAUGGAUUACUACGGUCGCGGGGACGAACGUUACAACAGCUAUGCCGACAGUCAGUACGCUGGUCGUGGAUACAACGGCUACCGCCCGCCAUCUUCGCAAGUCUCCUAUGGCGCCAACCGAUCCUCCGGGGCCUCUACCCCGGUAUAUGGCAUGGACUACGGAAAUGCCCUUCCUGGUGGGCAGCGUUCCCGCGAGCCUUACCCGGCUUGGGCAUCGGAUGGCCAGGUCCCUGUUUCCAAGGAGGAAAUUGAAGAUAUCUUCAUCGACUUGGUGAACAAAUUCGGUUUCCAGAGGGACAGCAUGCGCAACAUGUAUGACCAUCUAAUGACACAGUUGGAUUCCCGAGCUUCCAGAAUGACGCCCAACCAAGCACUCUUGUCCCUGCACGCCGACUAUAUCGGUGGUGACAAUGCCAACUAUCGCCGUUGGUACUUUGCCGCCCACCUGGACUUGGACGAUGCCGUGGGAUUCGCCAACAUGAAGCUGGGCAAAGCAGACCGAAAGACCCGGAAAGCCCGCGCGGCGGCCAAGGCAGCAGCACAACAGAACCCCGAAAACGUCGAGGAGAAUCUCGAGGCAUUGGAAGGUGAUAACAGCCUGGAAGCCGCUGUGUACAGAUGGAAGACUCGUAUGAACCGCAUGUCUCCCCAUGAUCGUAUCCGCCAAUUGGCACUAUACAUGCUGUGCUGGGGUGAGGCCAAUCAAGUUCGGUACAUGCCCGAGUGCAUCUGUUUCAUCUUCAAGUGCGCAGACGAUUUCUACACAUCCCCCGAGUGUCAGAGCCGGGUAGAGCCAGUGGAGGAAUUCACUUAUCUGAAUGAGAUCAUCACGCCUCUCUACCAGUAUUGCCGUGAUCAAGGUUAUGAAAUCUCGGAUGGAAAGUACGUCCGCCGUGAGCGUGACCACGACAAGAUCAUUGGAUACGAUGAUAUGAACCAGCUCUUCUGGUACCCUGAGGGCAUCGAACGCAUUGCGCUGGAGGACAAGACCCGCCUGGUUGACGUCCCCACAGCUGAGAGAUGGACCAAGUUGAAGGACGUCGACUGGAAGAAAGCUUUCUUCAAGACAUACAGAGAGACGCGGUCAUGGUUCCACAUGGUCACCAACUUCAACCGUAUCUGGGUCAUUCACCUUGGUGCUUUCUGGUUCUUCACUGCUUACAACGCCCCGACCCUGUACGUCCACAACUACCAGCAGCAGCUCGACAACCAUCCGGCCGGUUCGAAGUACUGGUCUGCUGUUGGUUUUGGUGGUGCUCUCGUCAGUUUCAUUCAAAUCUGCGCCACGCUGUGUGAGUGGAUGUAUGUUCCUCGCCGGUGGGCAGGUGCUCAGCAUCUCAGCAAGCGUCUUCUGUUCCUUAUCGUGGUAUUCAUCGUCAAUCUUGCCCCCGGUGUGGUUGUUUUCGGAUUCGGGAGCAAGCUGACUGAGACAAUUUGUCUCAUCAUCGGUAUCAUCCACUUCUUCAUCGCCCUGUUCACGUUCUUCUUCUUCUCCGUCAUGCCCCUUGGAGGCUUGUUCGGCAGUUACUUGAAGAAGCAUGGCCGUCAAUACGUUGCCAGCCAGACGUUUACUGCGAGUUACCCUCGCCUGCAAGGCAACGAUAUGUGGAUGUCCUAUGGUCUUUGGAUCUGUGUUUUCGGUGCAAAGCUGGUCGAGUCUUACUUCUUCCUGACCCUGUCCUUGAAGGAUCCCAUGCGCAUUCUCUCGCCAAUGCGGAUCCACCAGUGCGCUGGAGUCACCUACAUCCCGAACGUUCUCUGCCACGUCCAGCCCCAGAUUCUUCUCGGUCUGAUGAUGUUCAUGGACUUGACCCUCUUCUUCCUCGAUAGUUAUCUGUGGUACGUCAUUUGCAACACCAUCUUCUCGGUGGCCCGGUCCUUCUACCUUGGUGUCUCGAUCUGGUCCCCGUGGAGAAACAUUUUCUCUCGCCUACCUAAGCGUAUCUACUCGAAGGUCCUCGCCACCACCGACAUGGAGAUCAAGUACAAGCCCAAGGUCCUUAUUUCGCAGGUCUGGAAUGCCAUCAUCAUCUCCAUGUACCGUGAGCAUCUGCUGGCCAUCGACCACGUGCAGAAGUUGCUGUAUCACCAGGUCCCCUCGGAACAGGAGGGCAAGCGAACUCUACGUGCUCCUACCUUCUUCGUUUCUCAGGAAGAUCAGUCCUUCAAGACCGAAUUCUUCCCUGCCGGAAGUGAGGCUGAGCGUCGUAUCUCUUUCUUCGCCCAAUCUGUCGCUACUCCCAUGCCUGAACCCCUUCCGGUUGACAACAUGCCCACCUUCACCGUUCUCAUCCCCCACUACAGUGAGAAGAUCCUUCUUUCGCUGCGUGAAAUUAUCCGUGAAGAUGAGCCCUAUUCUCGUGUUACCCUCCUGGAGUACCUCAAGCAGCUCCACCCCCACGAGUGGGAUUGCUUCGUCAAGGAUACCAAGAUUCUGGCUGAUGAGACCUCGCAAUUCAACGGCGAAAAUGAGAAGAACGAGAAGGAUGCCCAGAAGAGCAAGAUCGACGAUCUUCCUUUCUACUGCAUUGGUUUCAAGUCUGCUGCUCCCGAAUACACCCUGCGUACCCGUAUCUGGUCUUCCCUCCGGUCUCAGACCCUCUACAGAACAAUCUCUGGUUUCAUGAACUACAGCCGGGCGAUCAAGCUGCUUUACCGCGUGGAAAACCCGGAAGUCGUUCAGAUGUUCGGUGGUAACUCUGAGAAGCUGGAACGUGAACUGGAGAGAAUGGCGCGUCGCAAGUUCAAGAUCUGCGUGUCCAUGCAGCGUUAUGCCAAGUUCAACAAGGAGGAGCGUGAAAACACCGAGUUCCUUCUCCGCGCCUACCCUGACCUUCAGAUCGCUUACCUUGACGAGGAACCGCCAACCGAAGAGGGUGAGGAGCCUCGCCUGUACUCGGCCUUGAUUGAUGGUCACUGUGAGCUUCUUGACAACGGAAUGCGCAAGCCUAAAUUCAGAAUCCAGCUCUCCGGAAACCCUAUUCUGGGUGACGGCAAGUCGGACAACCAGAACCACUCGAUCAUCUUCUACCGUGGUGAAUACAUCCAGGUCAUUGACGCUAACCAGGACAACUACCUGGAAGAGUGCCUGAAGAUCCGCAGCGUUCUCGCCGAGUUUGAGGAACUCACCACUGACAACGUUUCCCCUUACACGCCCGGUAUUGCCUCUGAUGCGUUGCCCCCUGUCGCCAUUCUCGGUGCCCGUGAAUACAUUUUCUCUGAGAAUGUUGGUGUUCUCGGUGACGUUGCUGCCAGUAAGGAACAGACAUUCGGUACUUUGUUCGCUCGAACUCUUGCCCAGAUCGGCGGAAAACUGCAUUAUGGUCACCCUGAUUUCCUCAACGGUAUCUUCAUGACCACGCGUGGUGGUAUCUCCAAGGCUCAGAAGGGUCUGCACCUGAACGAGGAUAUUUAUGCCGGUAUGACUGCCCUGUGCCGUGGUGGACGCAUCAAGCAUUGUGAAUACUUCCAGUGCGGCAAGGGUCGUGAUUUGGGUUUCGGUUCCAUUCUGAACUUCACCACCAAGAUCGGUACUGGUAUGGGUGAGCAGAUGCUGUCAAGAGAAUACUACUAUCUCGGAACACAGCUGCCCCUGGAUCGCUUCCUGUCUUUCUACUAUGCUCACCCUGGUUUCCAUCUUAACAACAUGUUCAUUAUGUUGUCUGUGCAGAUGUUCAUGAUUGUCCUGAUCAACCUUGGUGCCUUGAAGCAUGAGACCAUUACCUGCCGCUACAACUCGAACUUGCCCAUCACCGAUCCUCUCCGCCCCACGUACUGUGCUGAUCUUACACCGAUCAUCAACUGGGUCAACCGCUGUAUCAUCUCCAUUUUCAUCGUCUUCUUCAUCUCCUUCGUGCCUUUGGCUGUCCAGGAAUUGACCGAGAGAGGUCUCUGGCGCAUGGCCACCCGUUUGGCCAAGCACUUCGGUUCCUUCUCCUUCAUGUUCGAGGUGUUCGUCUGUCAGAUCUAUGCCAACGCCGUCCACCAGAACCUUUCUUUCGGUGGUGCUCGUUACAUUGGUACUGGACGUGGUUUUGCGACAGCUCGUAUUCCGUUCGGCGUCCUGUACUCUCGUUUCGCUGGACCCUCUAUCUAUGCCGGUGCUCGCUCACUGCUCAUGCUGCUCUUCGCGACAUCCACUGUCUGGACGGCCGCUCUGAUCUGGUUCUGGGUUUCAUUGCUCGCUCUUUGCAUCUCCCCAUUCCUCUUCAACCCUCACCAGUUCGCGUGGCACGAUUUCUUCAUCGACUACCGCGAUUACAUCAGAUGGCUCUCACGUGGUAACUCGCGCUCCCACGCCUCGUCCUGGAUCGCCUUCUGCCGCUUGUCUCGUACUCGUCUCACUGGUUACAAGCGCAAGCUUCUCGGUGUUCCGUCGGAGAAGGGGUCUGGUGAUGUCCCUAGAGCUCGCUUUACCAACAUCUUCGUCAGUGAGAUCUUCAUCCCUCUCAUCCAAGUUGGUGUCAGUCUGGUUCCUUAUCUCUACAUCAAUUCGAGAACUGGUAUCUCCAAUGACAACGCUCGCGCCUCGAACGCCGUUGUUCGGAUUGCCAUUGUCGCGUUUGGACCUAUCGCCAUCAACGCCGGUGUUUCUAUGAUGUUCUUCGCCAUGGCUUGUUGUAUGGGACCUAUCUUCAGCAUGUGCUGCAAGAAAUUCGGUGCCGUCCUCGCCGCCAUCGCACACGCCAUCGCGGUCAUCAUUCUGCUCGUUAUCUUCGAAGUCAUGUUCUUCCUUGAGAGCUGGUCAUGGCCCCGUAUGGUCUUGGGAAUGAUUGCUGCAGCUGCCAUCCAACGGUUCAUCUACAAGCUCAUCAUUUCCCUCGCCCUGACCAGAGAAUUCAAGCAUGAUCAGUCGAACAUUGCAUGGUGGACCGGAAAAUGGUACAGCAUGGGCUGGCACACGCUUUCCCAGCCUGGCAGAGAGUUCCUGUGUAAGAUUACGGAGCUGGGAUACUUCUCUGGCGAUUUUGUCCUGGGUCACCUCCUCCUCUUCAUCAUGCUGCCUGCUCUCUGCAUGCCUUACGUUGACAAGUUCCACUCCGUUAUUCUCUUCUGGCUGCGGCCGAGGUAAGUUCAGCCAUCAUAUAUCUAAACUUCCCGUGGCUUCAUUUGCUAAUGUUCGACUAGUCGUCAAAUCCGUCCUCCGAUCUACUCUCUGAAGCAGUCCAAGCUCCG